GCGAGAAACCACUGUCUUGUUUGGCAGGCAACUAACCACGCAGAGAAUCUUGCUCCAGACUGUUUCUGACGUUGCAAGAAAGUUGCCUGUGAGACCCACGGACACCAACCCCUUUAAUGCCCUCCUUUAAGGCCGUCAGUUGUACUGGUGCUAUGAUUUCCAACGCCGCCUGUGAAUUUCCUGCGGAAAGAUGAGGCCUUGCGUUUUCAACAAUGCCCAGGCUGAUGUCGACUCAAGAAGACGAAGAAUCUUUGCUACAUCAGCAAGUACGGGGUCAUUGGAGAGGACAUCUUUACGUUGCAGUGGGUGCGGCAGUUCUCAAUUCCGUUACGUUUGGCAUGUCCAUCGGUUACACUUCACCUGCUCUACCCGACAUCCGGAAACGUAUUGCAUUCAGCGACAUUCAAGGUGACUGGUUCGGUAGCCUACAUAACGUUGGAGCUGCCAUGGGUGCUCCAGCUGCAGGUGGAUUAAUGCAGGCGUUUGGCCGUAGAGAUACUAUCCUUUUCUCCGCCAUGGGUUACCUAACAGGCUAUCUUUGCAUCCAAGCGCUUCCGCAUCCAGAACUUUUGUUUGUGGGACGCUUCCUCGCCGGGAUCUCAUCUGGAAUGAUCUCAGUCGCCGUUCCAGUCUUCAUCUCCGAAAUCAGUCCGCCGAGAAGCCGAGGCGCAAUCAACAUGACCUUCCCGCUGACGUCCGCCUUUGGAAUACUCCUCAUCUACGUCUUGGGCAAAUGGCUCGACUACACAUGGCUCGCCACCGUGUGCAUGCUCCCUCCUACCCUCUCUGCACUUCUGCUGCCUUGGGUGGCAAAGUCACCAAGGUGGCUUCUGCAGGUUUCCCGCACAGAGGACGCCAGGAAUGCCCUUGUUUACUAUGUGGGAAAACAUGACGCGGUAGAAGAACUGACUACCAUCUCAAGUACAAUAGAUGACUGCUCCAAGUGUCAGGUAGCAGAGCUGAGACUGUCGCACGUCCUGAAACCUUUUUUGUGCACACUGCUAGCCAUGUUCAUACAGCGCUUCUCUGGAGUUGGUGUUCUCCUCUUCUACGCAGAAGACAUAUUCAAGAGUGCGGGCUCCACCGUGGAUCCUGCGGACAGUGCAAUAAUAACGGGCACCGUACAACUUGUGUGCAUGUCCGCAGCAGGUGUCACGAUAGACAAGCUCGGAAGGAGGAAGAUGCUGAUGUUCUCAUUGGCAAUUUGCUGUGUGUGCCUUGCGUUCUUUGGUGCAUUCUUUCGUCUGAAGCAAGUGUUGAGCCCAAGCUUUGGGAACGACUACGGCUGGCUACCACUGGCUUCAUUGUGCUUAUUUAUGUUCGGUUACUCGUACGGUGUCGGUCCUUUGCCAUGAGUGCUCCUUGGUGAAAUGCUACCUCUUCGGGUGAAAGGAUUUGCUACGGGUGUUGCAGUGUGCUUCAACUUUCUUU